UCACACGAGAAGAAGAAGCGGCGACCGGAGAUCGAGAUCGCCGGAGGGAGAGAUGGAGCCGAGAGGAGCGUCCCGUCGCAGAUCCGGAGCGCUCCUGUUCCUCCUCGCCGUAUUCCUGGGGGCGGCCGCCGCAGCCUCCGCCUCCACCAUCGGCGACAAGUGCGCCGCCUGCAAGGCCGUCGCGGCGGAGCUAGAGAUUGGAAUGUCAAGUGAGAAGCCAAGAAACCACUUGGACUUGCGCAACCGCUUAAAUUCGAAAGGUCAGCGUGAAGGAAAGGUCAUUGAUUACAGAGUCAGUGAGCUUCGGAUUGUAGAGCUUCUCGAUGAUCUAUGUGAUAAGAUGCAAGAUUAUACGUUGCAGAAGUUGGACUCAGGCGAAAAAGAAUGGGUGAAAGUUACAAACUGGAACAGUUAUCAAACUGAUAAGAAAGCUGCAGCACGGGCACACUCCAAAAAUCUAUCCAGUUACUGUGGAAGGUUACUGGAGGAAACUGAGGACGAGCUUGCUGAGUGGAUAAAAACGAGCUCAGCAGAAGCAGGGAACGUGAGCAAGGCCCUGUGCGGAGAUAUUAGCAAACACUGUCAGUCCACAAGAGCAACUACCCCGAUCGACGAUGAACUAUAACAGGACGUGGCCAUCUCUGUUCGACUAAGCGAAGUAGAUGAUAAUCUGGAAAGCGUGAAAGCGGCAGCUCCGUUUAUCUACGAUACCAUCCUUGUAAGAAUUGAAGCUGUGAUAUCUCGGUGUCUGUGUUUUGACAUUCCACAUUUCUGUUACAGAGGGGUUUAUAGUAAUUUUCUUAUGAUCACUAAUCUGUUGAGAACGUUGGGACAAUGAGAAAAUUUUGCACACUGAAUAACAGUUGAACUUAUCUUAUGUGA